UGAAGCCUGUGCAGCUGCGGGAAGAGUCGUGGAAACUCUGCCUCGGUUACUGUCCCUUCUUCCGAUUUCAGGUUCUUUGGAGAGGACACAGGAUGCAUCAGAAGCAGAGGAUGGAGCCUGUGACCUUUGAGGAUGUGGCUGUGAACUUCACUCUAGGAGAGUGGGCUCUGUUGGAUUCCAGUCAGAAGAAGCUCUACAGAGACGUGAUGACAGAAACCUUUAUGAACCUGAUGUCCAUAGGGAAAACAGAAGAUAAAGAAAAUAUUGAAGACAACUACCAAAAUCUCAGGAAAAAUGUGAGAACUCAGGUGGUUGAGAGGAGUUGUGACUACAGAGAUGGUAGUCAGUGUGGAGAAACCCAGCAACAGAUUCCAGAACAUAUCAUUCAUAGAGACAUACUUCCUGAAAUAACAGUGUGUGAAAACAGUGUGCUUGCAAGAGAAGCCCUUGUUCAUUCAUCUUCACAUGUGUACCUCAGAUGUGAAACUGCAGAGAAACCCUAUGGGUCACAGGAACCUGUGGAGAAGGCUUUUACACGGGAGAGGUGUUGGAAAGAUUCUACGUAUUCUGAGUCCUUUCAGACAAAUCAAAGUCCUCCUCGAGAGACACCCUAUCAAGAUAAGCAAUCUAAUGAAGCCUAUAGGAGUCUUAAUUCUGACCAGUAUUGUGAGCGAAUUCACGCUGGAGAUAAACUCCAUGAAUGGAAGCAAGUUGAGAAAGCCUUCUGGAGGUACAGUUACGGUCAAAUAUAUGAAAGGAUCACCAUUGGAGAGAAACAGUUUGUGUGUAAGCAGUAUGGUGAAGCCUUGGUUAAUUCCAGUCACCUUAUUAAACAUGAAGUAAUUCACCCUGAAGAGAAAUGUUACAUGUGUAAGCAGUGCGGGAAAGCAUUUAGAUAUUCCUCAUCCCUCCAGAACCAUGAAAGAAUUCAUAGUGGAGAGAGGCCAUAUGUAUGUAAGCAAUGUGGAAAAGCCUUCAUUCGUUCCUAUGACCUUCUUAUCCAUGAGAGAAUUCACAGUGGAGAAAAACCUUACACAUGUGAGCAUUGUGGAAAAUCUUUCACCCAUUAUAGCGGCUGGUACAGUCAUGAAAGGAUUCACACUAGAGAGAAACCCUAUGUAUGCACACAGUGUGGGAAAGCAUUUGCAUGUUCUACAUCGUUUCGGAGGCAUGAAAGAAUUCACACUGGAGAGAAACCUUAUAUAUGUAAGCACUGUGGAAAAGCCUUCACCCAUUCCAGUGCUCGUUACAUUCACGAGAGAAUUCACACUGGAGAGAAGCCCUAUGUUUGUAAGCACUGUGGAAAAGCAUUCCUCCGUGCCAGUCAUCUCAACAACCAUGAAAGAAUUCACACUGGAGAGAAACCGUAUGUUUGUAAACAUUGUGGGAAAGCCUUCAUCCAGCGUGAUGCUUGUUAUAAUCACGAAAGAAUUCACACUGGAGAGAAACCAUAUGUAUGUAAGGAAUGUGGGAAAGCAUUUAGGAUUUCCACAUCCCUUCGUGACCACGAAAGAAUUCACACUGGAGAAAAACCUUAUAUAUGCAAUUAUUGUGGGAAAGCGUUCAGGGUUUCCACAUGCCUUCACAAACAUGAACGUGCUCACACUGAAAAGAAACCCAGUGGGUAGAACUUAAGACCGUGUAUAUCAUGUGGAAUUCUCUUUGAUCAAGUUGCUGUUAGGAAGUGCAUGCAGGGUCAGUCAGAUGGCUCGGGUAGAAGCACUUGCCCCAAGUGUGACAGCUGUAGUUGGAUUCUCAGAACCCUGUGCAGAGAGAACAGAGUCUCCAAGGCUUGCCUCUGACUUGCACACAUGUGCCAUCAUUCGUAUACAUACCCUCACAUACACAUAAAAAUAAAUGAGAUAAUUUAAAAUACCUUUUGUUAAUUUUUUUGAGCCAGGGUUUCUCUGUGUAGUCCUGGCUGUCCUACAACUCAUUUUGUAGACCAGGCUGGCCUCUAACUCAGAGAUCUACCUACCUCUGCCUCCCAAGUGUUGGGAUUAAAGGUGUGCACGACACCGAUGCCUGGCUUUAAAAUACAUUUUGAUGUUGUUUUCUGUUUUUGGUUAUGUGUAGGAGUAUGGGUAUGUGCAUGUGAGGGCUGGAGCAUGCAGAGGCCAGAGACUUCAGGUUCCCCUGGAGCUGGAGUUAAAGGUGCCUGUGAGCUUUCCCAUGUGACUGCUGGAAAUUCAACUUGGGUCCUUUGGAGAGCAGUAUCUACUGAGCCAUCUUUCUAGUUGCAUAAGUGUAAUUUUUUUUAAAAUCUGGAAAGAAAUAGCUGGAAUAGGAGACCUUAAAAUGUAAGGUAUUUGAUGUUGGAUAAUAACCAGUUCCAUCAAAUGUUUAAGGCACUUUAUUUUUGAAAAUUACAUUUAACAUAAAUUACAAAUCACGAAGGUUACAUUUAUAUAGAUAUAUGUGCAUGUUGUCCAUAUACCAGAGUAUGCGUGUGGAAUUGGACAGCUUUCAGAAGUCAGUUCUGUUCUUUCCACUCUGGAGGUCCUGAGAAGGAACUCAGGUUGCCUUCAAAACAAGUACCUUAACCUGCUGGGCAGCCUUGCUGUCUCUGCUCAUGCCUUUUACUCAUUAAAGAAGUAGAGUCAAGAAAAUGACAAAACUGAAUACAGUGGAUUUGAACACACCUAGGAGAGUUAUGAAGAACCCAUUCCAACCAAUGAAAACUUCAGCAUUAAAAAUAAUAUAAGUCAUAUGUUGUUUCAAAUAAGGUAAAAGGGAAUUCUCCUGUAUGUUGUAAAAGCAAGAAAAUUGAGCACUCCGAGCAAAUGCUUUCUCUUGAAAGUCUGAUUUUUGUGGAAUUUGUGAAAAUGUUGGCAUGAUUUUGCCUAUCAUUUCUGCUGUUUGGAAAACCGAGGUUAUAAAAUCCUGUCUCAAAGAAUAACAGUAGCAACAGUAUACACUACAUGCGUUGAAGUGUUUUUUAGUUUGAUAAAUGAAUUUGUACUGAAGUAAGUUCUCAUGAUGUAGAUCAGGCUGGAUUAUAUUAAAGGCGUGUGCUACCAA